AUGAACAACUUGGAUAACAUGGACAGCACGCACAACACGCACAAUAUCAAUAAGAUCCAGUACCCACACGGGCUAAGCAGCGCGACUCGAAUCUUUGACGUUUACGCGGGCGACACGCAGAUCCCGGAUCACGUGGUCGACAUCACCGAGUACGGAAAUCAUAUCAAUAUAAUGACGAGAUCUCCGUACGAAGUGACAGACGGAUACGUGGGAAGUGACAAGAACAUACGCAAGGAAGAAGAAGACAAUAAUAAUAAUGAUAAUAAUAGUAGUAAUGACCAUGAUGAUGACGACGACGAGAACGGCGAAGAAGAAGAUGAUGAUGACGACGACGACGAGCAUGACGAGAACACCGGAAAUCAUACACUGGUCAAUACCGGGUUGGGCAGCGCGAUGCCGAUGGACCACGUGACCACCCACCAGCAGCAGCACCACCACGUGACCAGCACCCUGCGGUUCCCAGUUUCGCGACUGCAGCUCGCGCAACCACUGCUCCCGUCAGCGGCCACGACCGUGGCCGCCGCCGCCGCACUCUCCAGCACCGAUAUAUGGUCUGUGCCCGUGGAAAACGCCUUUCUGGCCGCGCUCCGCAUCAUCCCCAAGAAGGGCACGGCCAAGAUCAAGCUCAAGGACCGCAAUUUCGGCCGCAACGAGCUCAUAUCGCUCUACAUUCAGCACAGGCUCGGUGAGUUCCGUGCCAAGAAACAGAUCUCAUCGCACAUCCAGGUCUGGAAGAAGUCCAUUCUCAAUAAAGUGCAGAAUGGGUCUCAGAUCACGGAGUACGAGAGCGAGCUGCUCCAGCUAAUCGAGGAUGGCGCUGCGCAAACCACCGACAACGAGCAUACGUUUCAGGCCGUUUUCAUCGAUAUUCUCGACGGUUCUUCAGCAGUGUUGCCUCUGCCGGCUUCGUCAGCUUCAGGGUCAACGUCGUCAGUGCCAUCGGUGCCGUCGGCAACGACCACAGUGGCAUCGCACGUGACCUCCGGACUACCAGUGGCUCCCGGUCACGUCGACGUUUAUGCCGGCAGCACAGUGCUGCGACCAGCGAUGCCCGAACCUGCUACGCCACUGGACUACGCGCGUAGAGUUUACGGGAACUCUCGCUCCUACAAAUGUGUUCCUGUCAACAUGCACGACUACACCUACCAGCACCUAGGAUCGCAGACAGACGGCGACGCCAACCAGCAAACAUUGCUGGCCGCGCAACAGGUAGCAGCACAGCAGCGUCAACUGAUCGACACCAUGUACACGGAACAGUUGUACGGCCCGCCAGCACCGCCAGCGGACGUUGGGCCAGAUCACGUGCACUUCCCGCGCUACGAUAUGCAUUCGUUUGUGCCGUCAACGGCAGCCAGACCACCGGAUCAGUCGUAUGCCGGUCUGCAAUCGAGGCCAGCGCGACCAUCGCAUAGCGAUCGUCAACCAGGAGCCCACAUGAACCCGACAGCGGGCGACGGCAGUUCAGACAACGGUCCGGCUGGCGACUCGUAA